AGGCAGAUCCAAAUAUAAAAUAAAAAUCCUUCCUUUUACAGACAGUUUCAGACAUAUCAGAGACUUCACUCUUCUUCUCAAUCAUGACUACGAAGCCAGACAUUGAAUCCGAAUUCGCAUAUACCUUUAUGGUGGGCAUUGCCAUUCUCCUUGUUCUUCUCAUAAUCCUCAUCGUUCUCUUCAACGUCUGCGUCCGCUUAUGCCGCCGUUGCCGCGGGGCUCUCUUGUCCCGUUCGCUUCCCGCUUUUUCCUUCUCUGCCACCGUGCACGGUUCUCUGCAGGAAUGUGCCGUGUGCCUGUCGGAAUUUGCCGAUGGUGAUAAAGUUCGUGCACUCCCCAACUGUAAGCAUGGUUUCCACACCCACUGCAUCGACUUGUGGUUUGCCUGUAACUCCACGUGUCCUCUGUGCCGAACACCGGCCCAACCGAUCAAGGGUUGCCCUGACAAUGAACCCGGUUCGGUUCCAGUUUCCGAAGCAGAAGAGGGUUGUUCUUCAUCUUUGGGUCCCCCAAUUGCGUGUCCUAGAGAGGCCUUGGAUGUAAUUGUUAAGAUAUGCUAACAUGAUGUUAGAAUAAUACGAUGUUAGAAGUGGAUUUUAGGUCUAACUCAAUCCCAUAAAAUCGGAUUGUGAGGUGAAAUUAUCAUCCACUUAUAUAUUAUAAAUUGAUUUUAUCUUUACUCGAUAUUGGACUUUGAAUCCUGCAACCGAAUAUGACGGAUUCAGAUGCUCAUUGAAGAGGUUUUGUAAGGUUUA